AUGGCGGACAUACCGAUCAAAGUCAAGCACUCGGGCAAAGUGUAUGACCUGGACAUUUCACCAAAUGGUACAGGCGAGGAGCUCAAGAUGCAGCUGUACUCCCUCACGAACGUCGAGCCCGAGAACCAGAAAGUUCUAGCGAAGAAGAUCGUGAAGGAUGAUACACCGCUCUCUUCAUUGGGCUUGAAAGCGGGCGCCACGAUUACGUUGAUCGGCGCACCGUCAGCGAACGUGGUAUCAGAGGCGCCGAAAGAGAAGAUGAAGUWCGCCGAGGACAUGACGGAGGCUGAGCUUGCACAGCAGUCGGGUGCCAUUCCCGCUGGGUUGCAGAAUAUGGGCAACACUUGCUACGCAAACGCCACAUUGCAGACACUUCGUGCAGUGCCAGAGCUGCUCGAGGAGUUACGCACAUACAGGCCAAGCGCGCCGACUGCGGGCCCAUCAUCGUCGUUGUUCUCUGCAGAUCAGCUCGCACAACACGGCAUUGGAGGCCUGGGUGGUGGCAAUGACCUCACGUCUGCCCUUGGAGAUCUCUAUCGCCAGAUGGCCGAGACUCAGCAGGGCUUCCCACCUCUCAUGUUUCUAACGACACUCCGCCAGAAGUUUCCCCAAUUUGCCGAGCGGGCGAAGAAUGGACAAGGUUUCGCGCAGCAGGACGCCGAGGAAGUCUGGUCGCAGCUCAUCUCUACUCUCGGUCAGUCGCUCCAGCUGAAGGACCCUGAAUCUGCUUCUCAAGGCUUCAAGACAUGGGUGGACAAGUACAUGGGUGGCAAGUUCGAAGUCAAAAUGACCUGCGAUGAUGCUCCGGAGGAGGAGGCUAUCACUAACACUGAAGCCUUCAACGAUCUUAAGUGCAACAUCCAAGGAGAGACAAACCACAUGCGAGAAGGAAUCAGUAUCGCAUUGAACGAGAAGAUUGAGAAGACAUCACCGACUCUGGGCCGCACUGCAAUCUAUUCUCGCCAAUCUCGCAUCUCUCGACUUCCAAAAUACAUGCCGAUUCAYUUUAUUCGAUUCUUCUGGCGCAAGGAUACUGGAAAGAAGGCGAAGAUUCUGCGCAAGGUGACCUUCCAACACGAGAUUGAUGUCACCGAGUUCUGUACCGACGAGCUGCGGAAGAAACUAGUCCCGGUUCGAGACAAGAUUCGUGAAGUGCGGAAGGAUGCGGAGGAUAUCGAGCGGGCUAAGAAGCGUCAGAAGCGGAUGCAAAAGGAGCAGGAGCAGAAUGGUGACAGCAAUGUUCGAGCCGAUGAACCACUCCAGAAGAAGAAGGACAAGGAACGGGAGAGGGAGCUGAAGGCCAAGGGGCCCGAAUCGGAGGCUGAGCUUGCGGCGGACAAGAAAGCUGCGGGUGCUAGCGAAGACACUGCAAUGAGCGGCACGGAGGAGAAGUACAAGACGGAUGACGAGAUUGAGGCGGAGAGGGCUGCUGCCAUUCUCGCCGCGAAGAAGGAGUUGCUGUCGCUCGUUCACCCCGAUCUUGCCAAGGACCCCGAGGCAAACCAGUCUGGACUGUAUGAACUGAGGGGUCUGGUGACUCACCAGGGCUCGUCGGCCGACUCUGGUCACUACACUGCCUACGUCAAGAAGGCCGCAGCGCCUGGCAAGGAAGAAGAUGGCAAGUGGUGGUGGUUUAACGAUGACAAGGUGCAGGAAGUGGACAGCGAGAAGAUUGAGACUCUCUCUGGUGGUGGCGAGACGCACAGCGCACUGAUUCUGCUGUAUCGUGCCGUGCCUCUGCCAGUCCUCACCGAGGAAGAGCAAAAGGCCUAG